AUGAUUAAAACGGAAGAGCAUAUUGAUUCUAGCUCAUCCCAUCAUAAUUUAUAUCGUGGAUUAACGUCAAAUAUAAUUCAACCUUCACAAAUAAUAUGUGAUCAGCAAAGGAUUAAUGAUUCACCAAAUAGUCAACAUCAUACAUCAUCACCUUAUAUUGAUGAUAAGUCUUUUAUUGAUCGUCAAUUAUAUAUACAUACCACAUAUAAUCAAACAAUAUCUCAGAUGCCAAAUACAAUGCAAAUGACAUCUUCAUCAUCAUCACCAUUAAUUAUGAAAUAUGAUUCAGCAUCAUAUUCACCACCACGGCAACAGCAACAACACCAACAACAUCAACAACCUCAACAGCAGCAACAACAAGAUCAACAUUAUGAUUCAAAUCAUUUAAUUAAUACAAAUACAAGUAAUAGUGAUAAUACUAUCCGUAAUAAUAAUAAUAAUAAUACUGGUCAAUUAGAUAUGAAUUCAGUUACUUAUGAAAAUAAUUCAUCACCAAAUACAAAAUCAAUUAUUAAUGGUAAUCAUUCUAAUCAUCAACAUCACCAUCAUGAACAAACGAAUAAUGAUAACAAUCAAAUUGGUACAACAACUUCAUCAUCAUCUGUAAAUGGUACAACAACACCAGAUACAACAAAGAAGAAUACAUCAGGACAACGUCGUCCUGAGAAACCUGCUAUAAGUUAUAUUAAUAUGAUUGCAAUGGCUAUUAAGGAAUCACCGGAUGGAAGAUUAACAUUAAGUGAAAUUUAUAGUUACUUAAGGAGAAAAUAUCCCGGAUUUUGCAAUAGUCAAUAUGAUGGCUGGAAGAAUUCUGUAAGGCAUAAUUUAAGCUUAAAUGAAUGUUUUACGAAAAUUCAAAAAAAUCCUGCUUUUGGAAAACCUGGUAAAGGACAUUAUUGGACAAUAGAUCCUAAAUUUGAAUAUAUGUUUGAUGAUGACAGCAGUUUAAGACGCCGUCCAAGAGGUUUUAAAAGAAAACAUCAAACACAACAAAUGAAAACAUAUGCAACAACAGCAUUUUAUACAACAAGUCACUAUGAUAGUGCAGCAUUACCAGAUUGUUAUACUACAACACAUCAACCUUAUGCAUUUGACUAUCAUACACCACCGGGUAAUUAUGUAGAUAGUUGGACAAGCAAUGGGACAUUACCACAAUAUUCAAAUAUAAUGCAUACAUCUGCUAUACAGCAACAACAGCAACAACAACAGCAGCAACACCAUCAGCAGCACGAAAAUAAUUCUCCGCCUCCAGGGGCAAUAGCAACAAAUCCAAAUAUGGAUUAUGCCGCUUAUCAAUAUGGAACUGCAACGGGAUAUAAUUUAGAUAAUAAUAGUUUACGAACAAUAUCGUUACCACAGAUGGGAACAUUACCCUCAAUUCCAAUUACAAUGGGAAGUGCUGUUUUAGAACGGAAACCUUCAUUAACUUCAAUGACAUCAUCACCAUUGCAUCAGAGUCGUGUUGAUAGUCCAAUUUCAUCUUUAAUAGCUCCAACUUAUUAUGGUCAUAUAAAAUAUUCGAAUUGA